AUGGUAGAUUUGGAGUACAAGACGAUUUGGAAAGAUGGGUAUAUUGGAUAUUGGAAUUAUAAGGAAAUGUGUUGGGAAGAUGCAAAGAAAAUUGCGUCGUUUCAGUUAAGUGUUUUGAUGAACCUAAAGGAUAAUUGGAUUUUGGACCA